AUGGAGGAAGCUGACAACAGUACCAUUGAUCCAGCUUGUUUACAGGAGCCCCCGUUGGCAAUGGAUGUUCUAAAGCAGCUAGAUGCGUUUGGGAUGUGCCUGUACGCCAUGCUCACCUUCAUGUCCUGCAUCUCCCUGCUGCUCUACCUGGAGCAGUGUGUUUACAUCUAUAAGAAAUUGCCCUACCCCAAAAAGACCACCAUCAUGUGGGUCAAUGGAGCUGCUCCGGUCAUUGCCACUAUGGCUUGUUUCGGGAUGUGGAUCCCCAGGGCCGUCAUGUUUACAGAUAUGACGUCAAACUGUUAUUUUGCAGUAGUGGUGUACAAAGUGUUGGUCCUUCUGAUAGAGGAGUUGGGUGGCAGCAGUUUGUUUCUGAAGCGCUUUUCUGGAAAAACUUUCAAGAUAACAACAGGGCCGUGCUGCUGCUGCUGCCUGUGUUUACCUCGCGUGCCCAUGACACGGCGAUUGCUAUUCUUGCUGAAGUUGGGUGCACUUCAGUAUGCCAUCCUAAAGACUGUGCUCAGUGUCCUCUCCAUAGUACUGUGGACAAACGGCUACUUUGACCUCUCGGAUCUGGAGAUCACGGGCACAGCAAUUUGGAUCAACCCAUUCAUUGGCGUUCUCACCAUUACCUCCUUGUGGCCGGUAGCCAUCGUGUUCAUGAACACCAACAGCUUUCUACGCAUGAUCAAUAUUGUGCCCAAAUAUGCCAUGUACCAACUAAUACUUGUAUUAAGCCAGCUGCAGACAUCCAUCAUCAACAUCCUGGCUCUGGAUGGAACCAUUGCCUGCUCCCCUCCUUUCUCUUCGCAAGCUCGUGGAUCUAUGCUAAGUCAGCAGAUGAUGAUCAUGGAGAUGUUCAUCAUCACCCUGGUCACUCGCUUUUUCUACCGUCGUACUUAUGACACGCUUGCCUGUGAAGCACAUGACAGCAACCACCAGAAGGACAGAGUUUCCCUGCAAGCUGCUCACAUGGAGCACAAUGUCUGAACGAGUGUGUCUCAAAGAGGCUCUUUAUCCGAGGUACUGGCCACUUAAUCAGGUUAUGUGAUGCAACACUACUUCAUUGUCACUUGGAAGGGAAUCACUCCACUAAUUAUCAUCUGAAUAAACUUUGAAAGUUGAUUUUUUAAGCUCUUAUCAGGCAUUAUGGGGAAGUAAC